AAUCUCAGCUGAUUAACAGGAUAUAGACUAGACACGUGGAGGUAGUAUGGCUGUGUUUAUGGAUUUAAGUAUACAGUCGGUGGAGAAAAAGAAGUUAGAGAGUAUUAUAGAAACCGCAGCUCAUCUUGGAUACUCUGCUGUAGCAGUUAAUCAUGUUGCUAACUUUGAAAAAGAAACAAAAAAGGAAAUAGCUAAACCAUUGUGUCAUGAAGAACUUUUUGAGGGAGCCCUGCCAAUUGUACAGGGAACAACCAAGCCAGUUAAAAUAGUAACCAGAUUAACAAUUGUGGCAUCAGAUCCAUCUCAUUGCACUGAAAUGAGAACUACAUCUCAGCGUACCAAGUUGUAUGAUGUAGUGUCUGUGUUCCCAAAGACAGAGAAGUUAUUUCAUACAGCUUGUUUAAAUUUGGACGUGGAUCUAAUAUGCAUAAAUGUGACAGAAAAGCAACCAUUUUACUUCAAACGGGCAGCAGUGAAUGCAGCAAUAAGCAGAGGAAUUUACUUUGAGCUUGUCUACACUCCUGCUAUCAGAGAUUCUACCAUGAGAAGAUACACAAUUUCAAAUGCACUUGCUUUGAUGCAAAGUUGUAAAGGAAAGAAUAUUAUUAUUUCAAGUGGUGCAGAAAAGCCCUUGGAACUGCGAGGACCCUAUGAUAUAGCAAAUCUAGGGUUACUGUUUGGCCUUUCUGAAGCAGGUGCAAAGGCUGCUGUUUCCACCAACUGCAGAGCAGUUAUUCUCCAUGGAGCAACAAGAAAGACUGCUUUUGGUGUUAUCCACACUAUGCCAAGAGAUGAACAAGAAGACAAAAGGGAGGCGACUGCUCCUGCCUCGAAAAGAUCUAGGACUGAAGCAGUGUGAGAAUAAAAGAAAAUGUAGCAGUCUUUACUUUAACACCUGGUUAUAUAUUUAAAUUGUAAUAUAGUAUUGAGUAAGAACAAAAUGUAUAUAGUUUCUUGUAAAAUAUGCAUUUUUUAAAUCUUGCAUACACUGUUAGUCUAUCAUUACAAUGAUUUUCUUAUUUUGCAAAAAUAAAACCGAUUCAAAUGGGAAAAAGUUAAA